AUGAAAGUACUUGAGCAAAGUAAUAAUACUUGUAAUAAUACUUCUCAAAAUAGAGAAGUAACAGAAGAUGGAGUAAAUAAAUAUAUUUUAAACAAAUUAAUAUUAAUAUUUAAUAAUAACAUCAAGUGUAUUCCACCGAAUGAAGAAUCAUAUGAUAUAGAAGUUGAUAAUAUUCAAAGAGAAAAAAAAUGUAAAGAAAAUGAGGAGCUUAUAAUGAGUACAGAUGAAGUAACUGGAAAUAAUGAGAAAAAAAAUUCUGUAGUAGAAAAUGCUGGAUUAAAAGAAAGUACGUGUCCAACCGAAACGAACAACCUUAAUAAUAAUAAUAUUAGUAAUAAUAUUAUUAGUAUUACUAUUAAUAAUAUUAAUAGUGAUAAUAGUAAUAAUGAUGAUCGUAAUAAUAAUAUUAAUAAUGAUAAUAGUAAUAAUAAUAGUAAUAAUAAUAGUAAUAAUAAUAGUAAUAAUAAUAGUAAUAAUAAUAGUAGCAAUAAUAAUAAUAAUAAUAACAUUAGCAGUGAAAAUAAUAACUGUAUCAACAGCACAAAUAAUAAUAACAGUAAUAAUAAUAAUAAUAAUAGUAUUAACAUUUUUGAAAAAGAUGAUAUUAAUCAGAUGCAUGAAAAAGAGAGCAAUUUUAUUGCACAAUUAAAAAGAGAAAAUGGAUUGGAUAUAUUAAAUAAAGAAAAUUUAUUAGAAAAAACUCACAGUAUUAGUAUUAAUGAUUUAUUCAAAUUAAAUUCAGAUAUAUGUUUUAAUAUUGAUAGUACAUUAAAAAAGAAUAACUUAGGUGAAUUAUUAGCUAACGAAAAUGCACCUAGAAAAAAUGAGAAAUGGAAAAGAUAUAUAAAAAAUAUUGAACCAUUUUUAGAUGUACAUACUAUUAUUAAUUUAUGUCAAACAUGUAAAUUUUUCUAUAAAAGAAAAUUUAAGGUUGCAUAUAAUAGAUUAAUAUUUAAUAGUUAUUUAGGAUAUAAUCCUAAAAUAUUAUAUGAAUAUGUUUUUCCAAUUAUAUAUAGGCAUUUACAUAGAUCAGUAAGAAGAAGGUUAUGUCUUGAUUUUACCUUGUGCACAUUAAUUAAAGAUAUUACUGUUGCUAAUAUAUUAAAUGAAAUAUAUAAUUUCGAAUCGUUAAAUACGAAACAUUUAUUUAUUUAUAAUUUACAAGAAAUUUAUUUUGAUUAUUGUCAUCAUUUAACUGAUAAAACAUUAGAAGUGUUAGCUCAAACAAGGCUACCUUCCUUAAAAACAUUAAGUAUUAAGUGUGUUAGAAAUAAAUAUUUAACAUGCGCACCUUUAACAGUUAUGUUAAAAAAAAGUAAUUGGCCUGUAUUUACAAAUUUUAUUUGCUCCUUUUCAAAUGCUUGGUUAGAACCUAUUUUUAUCGUAUCCAAUUUUAUUAUUAAUAGGGCAAAUAAUCAAAAUCAUAUAAUAUAUCACAAAUUAAAAAAUUUAAAAAAAACAUUAGAAAAUAUGAAAAAUUUCGAUAAUACUAGUAUAUGUACUAGUUAUGAUGAAUUAAAUAAAAAAAUAAUUAAUGAUAACAAUAGAUUUAAUUUUAUGAGUUUACAAAGUUGCACAGCAAAUAAUAUAAGUAGAACAAGUUUUGACGAAGAACACAUAGCACAUUAUAAUGAUAAUAUAUAUUCAUAUAAUAGUAAUAAUAAUAAUCAUCAUAUGAAUAUUAAUUCUUCUCAUCUUGAUGCUCAUAAUGAUAAUAAUAAUAAUUUAAGUAAUAAUAAUAAUAAUAGGAAAAAAUUAAAAUCCAUAUUAAACAGUGAAACAGAAUGUAGUAUUAGUCAAUCAGAAACAAAUAAUAAUUUUAAUUUAUUUAAUAAUUUCUUUUUUAAUACCUUUAAACAUUUUGGUUACUCCACAAAAAUGCAGAAUAAUGUGAGUACAAAAGAAACAAAUCUAAAAACAACAAAUAAAAAAGAGCAAGAAUCAGAUCAAUUGCAUGCUUCUAAUGUUGAUGGAGAUAAUGAUAAAAUAUUUGAAAGGAGUGCAGAUAAUGAUGAUUUUUUAAAAAAAAAAAAUGUUUAUGAAUCAAGUGACAAAUAUUUAGAAUCGAUGAAUAUCCAGAAUAAUUGGGCUUAUCUUAAUAAUAAAAUUAAAAAUGAUUACAACGUAAAUGGAUAUAAUGAUUAUAAUAUUAAUAACAAUGUUAGUUUGCAUGACAAAAAAGAUAUUCUAGAUCAUUUCUUAUCUAGUGAAUAUUACGCUCCAAGUAUUAAUAAUAAUAAUAAUAAAAGGAAAGACAUUAUGACAAAUCAUCAAGAAUUAAAAAAAAUUAAUUCAAAAUCGGUUAGUCAUAAUGAUCAAGAUAAAAACGAUAGUCAUUUAAAGGAACAUAGCAACCUAUUGGAUGCAUCAAAUUGUAAUGAUUCAGAAAAGGGUUCAUUAUCACAAGGAAAUAAAUAUAAAACUAAAAUGAACAAUAAUAAUAAUGAUGAUGAUUCCCUGAGUUAUGAUGAUGAUAUAUAUAAAGAUGUAUAUGAAUAUAUUCAAGAAGAUGAUAAUAAGUGUGCGAGAGAAGAAAGUGGAAAAAUUGAUGAAGAUAAAAAUCAAAAAAUGGAUAAAAAUAAGUGUAUAAAUGAUCAUAAUAAUAAUAUAGAUCAAUAUAAUGGAAAGAUGAAAAAGAAUGUUCAUUUACAUGGUGAAAAUAGCGUAAUAGAUAACAACGUUGAAAGGAAUAAUAGUAAUAAUAAUAUUUGUAGUAAUAAUAAGAAGAAAAAAUUAGAAAAGAAAUCUUUUGAAGAUAUCAAAAAGAAGAGUAGACUUUGUCAUAAGAAAUCAAAAUUAUUAACAGCGGAAAAUAUAUUUUGUAUGAAUAUUUUACAUAAUAAUGUUAAUACAUUUGAUGAAGAGGAAGAAGAUGAUGAGGAUGAAGAUGAGGAAGAUGAUGAAGAAAAAAAUUUAAAUAAAUGCAGAUGUAAUGGUAAAAGUUGUAUAUAUACAACAGAAGAAAUUAAUUUUAAAUGUGAUUGUGAUGAUUGUCCAUUUUCUAAUGGUUAUAAAAAUUUAAUAACUGUAGAUGAUCCAUAUAUACAAUCUCAUUUUGUACAGCCUAAUUUAGAUAUUUUAGGUUCAUGGGGUAGUAAAUGUUUUCUAGAAAGUAUUGGAUUAGAUAUAUAUGUAAAGGGAUAUAGUGUAGCAUUAAAAAAUGAGAAUAUAAAAAUAUGUAUUAAAUUAAGUAAAAAAAUACAAGAAGAAUUAUAUGAGUUAAGUAAAAGUGAAAAGUAUAAAAAUAAUAAUCUUGUAUAUUUACUUAGAGAUAAAGGUAGUGAAUUAUUAUCUAAUACACCAUUAACAAUAGAAACAGAUGAUAAUGCAGGAAUAGAUAUGUGGACCUUACCUAUCUCUUUGGCUAUUAGUAAAAAAAAUAGAUAUUUAUUUUAUUUGGUAUUAAAGGGAGGAGCCAAAAUUGAUAUAUGGGAUUAUUUAGGAAAGUCUCCUUUAUAUAUUGCAUGCGAGCAUGAGUGUAAGGAAUUUGUUGAGGUUUUAUUAGAAGAAAGAAGAAAACGAACAAAGCGGAAUAAUAUAAUACAGUAUGCAUAUAAAACUUGCACAAACGCGGAUAAUGAUAAAGAUGAGGCCCUACCAAACAAUAACAACAACAACAACAAUAAUAAUAAUAAUAAUAAUAAUAAUAUUGUGGCAUCUGGAUAUAAUAAUGACAAAAUAGAAGAUUUUAAAAAAAGUAUUAGUUCAGAAAAAUAUAGUAGUAGUAAAGAAGCUUUGGAAGAAGAAGUGGAUGAAGAAUGUUCAUAUGACAGUAAUAAUAAUACUAGUAAUAAAAAUAAUAAUGAAGAAGAUGUGGAAUCUAAUAAUGGAGAUGCUAUAAAAAAAGUAGAUAAUUCAAAUACUAUAUGUAUUAGUCCAUAUGGUAAUACUUGUGAUAGUUAUUAUGUUACUUAUCCAUUUGAUAUAGAAAAUGGAUAUAUUCCUAUAAAUAUAGCUGUAAAGAAAAAAAACUUUUCUAUUGUAAAUUCAUUAGUUAAAAAUGGAGAAAAUUUAAAUAUUAUUUGUCCAUAUGUAAGAGAUUAUAAAUCUCCUUUAUAUUUAGCAUGUGAAAAUAAUAUUAGUGAAAUUAUACAACUGUUGUUAGAAAAUAAAGCUAAUCCUAAUUGGUGUUAUCAUAAUAAAUUUACACCAAUCUUAUUAGCAUAUAAUUUAAAUAAAGCAUGGGUAAACCAUUUUAUCGAUGCAGGUGCUGGAGAAAAACCAUGUGAUAGACAUAUAUUAACUGAAGUAUUAUCAUGUGCUAUAUUUAAAAAUGAUUUAUCAACUGUUCAGUUGUUAUUAAAAAAAUAUCCUCAACUUAUACAAAAAGGACACAAUUUAUGGUCUUUACCAUUUAUUCAAGCAGCCAAAUUAGAGAGAUUAAAUAUUUUAAAAUAUUUAUAUUCCUUAAAAAAAGAAAUUAUCGAUCAGUUGGAUGCCGAAAAUGUAUUAUCUCCUAUUCAUGUUGCUGCGGAAGAAGGGAAUGUGGAAGUAUUAAAAUUUCUCUUAGAAAAUGAAGUAAACAUUAAUCUAACCAAUAAAUAUCAUCAAAAUGCCUUACAUAUAGCUUGUCUAGAGAAUCAGGAAAAAAUCGUACAUUAUUUAUUAAGUCAUAAUAUAGAUAUUAAUUGUAAAGAUAAUAUUAAUGGUGAAUGUCCAUUAAUGAUAUGCAUAAGAACAAGAAACGAAAACCUAGCUUUAUUAAUUUUAAAUGAAGGAAAAAAUAUCAAUUAUAAUCUUACCAAUAUACAUGGAGAAACAUCUUUAAUAUACUCCAUUUUUUAUGGUUUAUAUGAUGUUGCAGAUAUUUUAAUGAAAAGAGGAGCUGAUGUAUCUGUACGUGAUAUUAAUGGUGACAAAUCUUAUAACGUUGCUUGUGAAAGAGUAUUAUCUCAUAAAGCAUGUAAAAAGGUUUUAAAAAAAUUCCUUAAAUUGUAUCGUUCACAAAAUAAAAACUUCUUACCAAAGAAUAGUAAAAUUAAUAAAAAAAAUAAAUUCUAUCAAUCCUAUCAAACUUUAAACCAGAGCUUUUUAAGUAUAUUCCGUAUAAAAAAGGAAAAGAAGAGUAAAAUGAGGUCCUAUUCAAUAGAAAAUGAAAGUAUUCACUAA